UAACUCCUUUUAUGAUCUAGCGGAUAAUGACAAUAAGCAAUGGUUGGGACAUUCGCGAGUUGCUGCGGCUACGAACAAUGCUAUGAAUAAUUUUUCGAUAUCAGAAUCUGCGCUUCAUAAACUGGAUCUUUCUCAGAAAGAACUACCUUCUUCAUCAGUUAGUACUAAUAAUGUUAACACCAACUCUAAUAAUUCUACGUCCUCUACAGUUGAAGAAGCUUUGCCCCAGCUACCCGUAAAAGAGACCUCAAACAAAAAAAGAAAACUUAGGCGACGACGAUUGUUUGGAAAAUCUGAUACCCACUUAGAGACAUUUAGAACGAAUAUAACACAUCUAAUAAAAUCCGUAUCCUGUCCUGGAAAUAGUACAGCAAACGCAUCAAGUUCAAGCAGCCGUGAGAGUGAUCAUUACUUAGAAGAUAACAGUGAGAAACUAAACAAAGUAGAAAGUAGUGCCGAAGAUACCGAUGAAGAUAACGUAAAAAGACCUAUAUUUAAGUAUGGAGGAAUGACUCGUUAUUUAGAUAGCGAAUGUGUAGGAAAUCGAUUUUGUUUGUCCCCUGGGGAACAAUCUGGAUCCAUGUCCGAGCAAGCUUGGGAUAAUUAUCAGGAGAACUAUUUGUCCGAACCGUACAGUGAGUCUCAGGAUUCAGAUGCUGCUCGAAGAUUAUUAAACUUUGGGGAAGACUAUGGAAAAUUUUUGGACAGUCAAUCUGAUUGGUCUACACCAUCAGAUAUUUCUCCAAAAAUGAGUCGCAAAUUUGGCCAACCAGUGGAUGAGGAUGAAUCAAAUAAUGAACAAGAAGCUUUAGCAAAAUUGUUUGAAAAAUCCAAAGCUGAUCUAGAAAUCAACCAACGAAAAUAUGCUAAUUCCCUACAAUAUUUAUAUCGAUGCAUUACCCCAGAUUUGCUAAGUUCUUUAUUGAAUAACCAGUCUGAUUUGCCUCAACCAUCAGAUAUAUCUUACAGAAGAAGGCAGAAAUUUUGCCAGCCUAUGCAUGAAGACGAAUCAGAAAGUGCCCAAGGAUCUUUAAUUCAAAAAUUCAGUACUGAACCCGAAAUCAACCAAAUGAACUAUGAGGAUUUAUUGCAAUUUUAUCAAUGCAUUACUUUAAAUAUCAACGACAUAAUUAGUGUAUGUGACGAACAUCUUUCGAUGCUCAAUCAAAUGAGAGAUUCUCCUGAGGAGCUUAAAAUGUCUAGGCAAGACCUAUCCCAAACUAUGGGUGAGUUUUGUUAA